UUUCACUGCCAAAUGCCCGACAGACUGCUGCAAUGCCCCGCCAUUGUCCUUCAGAGGAAGUCAACCUGACCUGAAUAGCAGGCCCAAAAGGGGCACCCAGGAAUGUGGACGCAUGUGGCAAGAAGUUGUAUCUGGCCUGGACCCGGAGUGUCCUCUUUUGACAGCAAAACUGGGACAUGUGGACGACGGAAGCUCACAUGUACUUUUGGGGCCACUCGUCUCCACAGAGCAUGCCAUGUCAGUGGAGUCAGCGAUUAACCUGGCAGAUGGACCGCAGCAGUGCCCUGCGUAUCUCACCCCUCACACGUGCGAGAGUCCAGUGGGCAGCUGUGAUGACUAUAAUGCGGAGACAGAUGAGUGUCCAGUGUGUAGUGAGUUGUACGGGCGUUUGGGCACGCCCCGUGCUGCUCUGCUCAACUGCGACCACAUGCUCUGUGAAGGCUGCCUUUCCAAGAUGCUGGGCCGAUCCAAUGACCCCAGUCGCAUCCAGUGCCCUCUCUGUCGUCAAAGGACCCCGCUACUCCACUGGGAGAUCCGCCAAAUGCAAGAGGAGGCCCUGUCCAAUCAAGGGCUUGUUGUGACUAUGAGCACAAAUCCCUCGAACCCUGGUUUACAAUGUAAUUCCUCGGACCCCGUUUGUGAUUCACUGUCUCCCUUGAUGGCCUUGCGGCAGCAGGCACCCGGCCCUCCGGGUUGCUGUGAGUGUGCACCUCUUGAGCAGCAGUUGCACGAGCUGGCCGAGUCCGAGGUGGUGUGCGGUUGCUGCCAUCGCCCCCGCUGGCUGUCACAGGUCUUGAGGCAGUCGCGCCAUUGCCGCUGCUGCUAUGUGACACUGCUGCUGACACUUGGCAUGGCGGAGGUCGGCCUCCUCUUGCUAGUCUUCAUCCCGGUUGUCAUGCUCGUGCUACUCUUCACACUCAUCGGUAGAUAGGACAGUCAUGGGUAAACGGUUAGGGCGUCAGACUUGUUGCCCAAAGGUUGCCGGUUCGACUCCUGACUUGCCAGAUUGGUGGGGAGAGUAAUUAACCACUGCUCUACCCCGUCUUCCUCCAUGAUUGAGGUACCCUGAGCAUGGUACCAUCCUGCCGCACUGCUCCCUUUCGGGCACCAUUGGGGGCUUCCCCCUUGCACGAGUGAUGCGCAUACAUGCAAUUUUGUUGUGUGCAGUAUGCAGUUUUCACUUGUGUGCUGUGGAGUGCACAUGGGAGUUUCCCAGUUGGGCUUUCACUUCACUUUCAGAUAGAAUGUAACAACCGUGUUCUUAUGACGAGUUUUCAGCUUUUUUUAGAGUUCAAGGAAAGUGUUAUUUUUUUCAGUGGUUCAAUUCUAGAAUGUAUGCUUCCCGUUCACAAAAGCAAUCUUUUUUUU